CGAUUUUCUUCGGAGCGCCGUUUCUAAUCCGCUUCAAAGACUCCGGGCAUGCAACUGGCUUAGUUGCGGGUCCUGUGCUAUCAAGCCGAAUUUGACCGAGCCAGUCUCGUACGCUGCUAGAUAUCCACGAAGGGCCGCAUUUUUUAUCCAAAACCUUUGCAAAACAUGGAGCGAUUGCGGUGGCGGGUGGACGUCGGCGGCUUCUGUGCGCUUCCUGGGCGACUUCCUUUAUCACCGCAAAUGCCGACCAGCGGGGGCCGCGAGUAUAAAUCUGAGGCUGGCGGACGCAGGACUGGGCUUUCUGGAGCUACUUACUUACUUCGCUAUUCACAUCUCCAGCUCUUCGCACCGAAGUUGAAGUGCUUCGCCUACCUUAAGUCAUCCGUUCCCUCUGAUCUGUUAAGUCGUCCACCAUGGCAGACUACAAGUUUGAAGGCUGGCUCGGCCUCGACAAAGAUGCAGAUAAGGGCAAGAUGGUCUGGGGCGAAUUCGAGCCCAAGGCGUGGGAAGAGACGGACAUCGAUAUCAAGAUCACGCACUGCGGCAUCUGCGGGUCCGAUCUCCACACUCUCAGGAGUGGCUGGGGCCCAACACCCUACCCAUGCUGCGUCGGCCACGAGAUCGUCGGCACCGCCGUCCGCGUCGGCAGCAAAGCAGAAGGCGGCAUCAAGGUCGGCGACCGCGUCGGCGUCGGCGCCCAGUGCGAUUCUUGCCGCGGCCGCCUGGGCAAAGCAUGCGAGGCGUGCGCAUCAGGCCUGGAGCAGUAUUGCCCGCAUCUGGUCAGCACGUAUGCAGCAACACAUGUGAGCGGGGACAAGUCGUAUGGCGGGUACGCGCUGUACAACCGCUCGCCGUCGCAUUUCGUGGUCAAGAUUCCGGAGGCGCUUCCGUCGGCCGCUGCGGCGCCUAUGCUGUGUGCUGGCGUCACGACAUACUCCCCGCUGAAGCACUAUGGGUGCGGCCCAGGGAAGCGAGUUGGCGUGCUCGGGAUGGGUGGACUGGGGCAUUUCGCGGUGCUUUGGGCGAAGGCCUUGGGCGCUGAGCGCGUUGUUGCUAUCUCCCGGUCGGCGGGGAAGGCUCCGGAUGCGAUCAAGCUGGGAGCUGAUGCGUACAUCGCAACGGAGGGUGAUUCCUCUUGGCUGGAGAAGAAUGCUGCAUCUCUUGAUAUCAUCAUAUCAACGGUAUCUUCGUCGAAGACGCCCCUGGGCGACUACCUUGGUCUUCUCCGAAGAGAUGGGACGCUCGUUCAGGUCGGCAAUCCCGAUGACGGACUUUUCCAUGUCCCUGCUCCUCGGUUAAUCAUGCAGAGGACGAAACUAGGAGGCUCGGUAAUCGGAUCCCCGGCGGAGAUUCGAGAGAUGCUCCAGCUGGCUGCGGACAAGAACAUCCGUCCAAUGGUUCAGGAGCGCCCAAUGAAAGACGCCAACCAGGCCAUCAUCGACAUGGAAAAUGGCAGAGCGAGGUAUCGAUACGUCUUGGUGAACGAAGGUCAUCUGUAGGCUUUCAACCCCGCUUCUCAUAUCGAAUAGAUUCAACUUGGCCAUUAUUUGCUUCGAUCCACUGGUGUGUAGAGGAUAAGAGGACAGAAAUUCAACUCUAGAAAAGACAGUCCUGUUACUUUGUUUCACAAUCCAUAGCAUAUCCGAAACUCCUGGAAUCAAGUCU